CUUACUCAGGGACACAGAGAACAGGGUGCAGCUCCUGCUCCAUUCAAGGACAGAGAGAGCAGGGGGCAGCCCCCACCCCACUCAGGGACGCAGAGAGCAGGAGGCAGCCCCCACCCCACUCACUCAGGGACACAGAGAGCAGGGGGCAGCCCCCGUCCCACUCAGAGAUGCAGAGAACAGGGGGCAGCCCCCGCCCCACUCACUCAGGGACACAGAGAGCAGGGGGCAGCCCCCGCCCCACUCACUCAGGGACGCAGAGAGCAGGGGGCAGCCCCCGUCCCACUCACUCAGGGACGCAGAGAGCAGGGGGCAGCCCCCACUCCACUCACUCAGGGACACAGAGAACAGGGGGCAGCCCCCGUCCCACUCAGAGAUGCAGAGAGCAGGGUGCAGCCCCUCCCCCAUUCACUCAGGGACACAGAGAGCACGGUGCAACCCACUCCCCUGCUGCUCAAGGCCUCCUCCACCCCACCCCAGGGCCACCUCGCCUCAGGGCUCCUCCAAGAGGCCUUCCUUAGCCCCCAUCCCAAGUUGCCCCAUGGGGUCUCUGAGCUCAGCACAUCCUGAGACCCAUGACAUUCCAGCAAGGAAUGAACAGGGCAGAGGCUAGGGGAGGUUCCUGAAGGCUGCCGCCGCCCUCUGGCAGCUAAACAACCUCCAGCAGCCAGGGCCAGGUAUCCAGCCGCCUCUGCUGGGGAGGCCCCACGUGGCACUGAGAACAGCAGAGAGGUCAUCUGCAGACAAGAUAUUUCGAGACACUUCUUGAGGUGGAGAGCGGAGGCUGACGUAGCAGGACAGCCUGGCAGGAAGAAGGCAAGCAGCUGGCAAGCAGUGGCCUCGUCACUGGUGUGAGGAGAUGUGUGCUGCGAACAAGCAUGGCAGGACGGCAGUGGGAGCUGGUACUGUCCCCACUCCAGACCACAGCCCUGCAGCCCGAGACGCCGCCUGGAGGCAGGAGGCCUGCCUUCCAAGACCUGGCUGCCCGGCUUCCUCAAGUUAACAAGGAAAGAGGAGUGCCCAGCAGCUCUGCCUGCCUCUCCUAUAAACAGGGAUCGAAAAGCAAGAAAAGCCAGACAUUUGAGCACUGAGUUCAUGUGAAGCUCCAAGACUAAACAAACAAAAAAGAACCGCAAGAGAGAAAAUGCAGAAAGCAAAAGAUUCGCCUCCCCCCAAAGCCACUUUAUCCCUAACAGCAGAACAGAAUUCUCUAGAACAAGAAGAGGGGAGCUCAGGGAACGAUGGAAAUGUCUUGGAAAUGAAAAACAGGACUGCUAAAAUCCAAAACCAAUUUUUUAUUUUUAUUUGUUUAUUUAUUUUAAAACAGAGUCUGGCUCUGUCACCCAGGCUGGAGUGCAGUGGCGUGAUCUCGGCUCACUGCAACCUCCGCCUUCCGGGUUCAAGCCAGUCUCCUGCCACCACGUCCAGCAAAUUUUUGUAUUUUUAGUGGAGACGGGGUUUCACCAUGUUGGCUAGGCUGGUCUGGAACACCUGACCUCAAGUGAUCUGCCUGCCUUGGCCUCCCAAAGUGCUGCGACUACAGGUGUGAGCCACUACAUCCAGCCCCAAAACCAAUUUUUUAAAAAGCAGAGAGAAAGUGUUUGUGUUUGGGUUCAGGGAAGUCUAUCCACAAGCAAAGGUAGAAAGAAGGACUCACAGGAUCAAUUCAAAAUACCCAACAUCUGACUGACAGGAGUUCCAGAACAAGCAGGAAAUGAGAAGAAAUGUUAUCAAAGAAAUGCCCCCUCUCAAGGUAGAAUGUGCUCACCAAGUGCCCAGCGUGGUGAGGAAGGAAAGACCCACAGUUGGUGUGACCCCCAGAGGCGCAGGGAUCAGAGGGGACCCUGCAGGCUUCCGGGAAGAAGGCUGGCAACCUGGCCAGCUCUCACCACCAAGGACCACGACUGGCCUUCCAGUCCUGUGGGAAAACGCCCUCGGCCCCAGUUCUCUCCCCAGCCCGAAGUCCAGCAGGCAUGAGGUCAGGGUAAGACGCUUCUAGGCUUGUGAGGCCUCUCAAUGUCUCCUCCCACAUCACAGCCCAGUCCAAAACUCAGCGGCAAAACCACCAUGACAGCCUGGGGCUCGGUGGUACACGGCCGGCAACUUUGCUACCGUAUGGGCCGGGUCUCUGGGGGCCUCGCUGGGCUUGUCCACCCAUCUUUACGCAGCUGGGGACCGGCUGGGAUGACAGAAGCCUCUCUUGACCCAUGGCCUCUCAUCCUGCAGCCCAGCCCAGACCUCCUGCAGAGAGGACAGUCCCCAGAGCCAAGCAAGAGAGGUCCAGGCCCAGCGCACAAGUGUCAUGCCAACCUCUGCCCACAGCAGCUUAGGAGCAGCCCAUUGGCCAAGUGCAUCCGAGGCCGGCCCAGAGCCCAGAGGUGGAGACCAGGACCCGCCUCUUGAUGUAGGAGGUGAAGUCACCUUGCAGCGGGGCCAGGACACCGGGAGAGGAGGGAACCAGGCUGUUCCUACUAUAUGAGGACAUGUCCGAGCCAGCUUUCUCAGGGUUAACUGACGGCUGAGGGGUUCAAGAAGGAGGACACGGGCACAGGCACUCAGGGGCAGUGAGAGGCAGCAGGGCCGAUGGCGUGAGGAGCACCAGGGAGCAGGAGGGAACGGGCCUGGGGUGUGAAUCCGGCCCCACUGUCAGAUGAGUGCUCUUCCGCCACCCAAAUCCGGUCCCACAGGUAACAGCGUGGCCUUCGGCAAGUGACUAAAGGGCUUCCUGCCUCAGCUUUCCCCACCUGUAAACAGAGGCUAACAGGCCAGGCGCGGUGGCUCACACCUGUAAUCCCAGCACUUUGGGAGGCCGAGAUGGGUAGAUCACGAGGUCAGGAGAUCGAGACCAUCCUGGCUACCACGGUGAAACCCCGUCCCUACUAAAAAUACAAAAUAAUUAGCCAGGUGUGGUGACAGGCCGCUGUAGUCCCAGCUACUCGAGAGGCUGAGGCAGGAGAAUGGCGUGAACCUGGGAGGCGGAGCUUGCAGUGAGCCAAGAUUGUGCCACUGCACUCCAGCCUGGGCGACAGAGCGAGACUCCGUCUCAAAAAAAAAAGGCAGAGGAUAACAAUGGCAUGUACUGGAUCUGGCAUAAAGUAAAUAUUCAAUACAUAGCUAGAAAAGAAUGUUUUAAAACCUCAGAGAUACAUUAGAUGAAAAGCAAAGCUGGGCUACAGGAUGAUCUCUUCCAUGUGAAUCAGGGGCAGGGGACGGCAGCCCACCUCUAGGAGCUUAAAGAGGAGGCUCCUGGCUGCAGGGACAGGAGAUAGAGGUGGGAAAGGCUUGGAUGCCGUUUUUAUUGUUUGAUAUUUUUUGAAUCCACACUGUGAGUGUAUGUAUUAUCUGUUUUAUAACUAGUCUGGAUGCAGUGGCUCACAUCCGUAAUCCCAACACUUUCAGAUGCUGAGGUAAGAGGAUCGCUUGAGGCCAGGAGUUUGCAACCAGCCUGGGCAACAUAGCGAGACCCCUAUCUCUACAAAAAAUUUAAAAAUUAGCCGGACAUGAUUGCACACAUCUGUAGUCCUAGCUACUUGGGAGACUGAGGUGGGAGGAUUGCCUGAGCCCAGGAGUUGGAGGCUGCAGUGAGACAUCUUGUGCCACUGCACUCCAGCCUGGGUGACAGAGCAAGGCCCCUUCCCAUAAAAAGAAAGAAAGAAAGAAAGAAAGAAAACUCGCAUGGUGGGUCGGUGGGUCAGUGGGUCAGAGGCAGUGAGGUCAUCAGGCAGGGCAGCUUCAGGACCAGGUGGGAGGGGCCCAUUGUGACCUCCCUGGCUGCACUCAGGCCUUUGUGAUUGUUGCCUGGGGCAGCCCCCUCAAUAAGAGGGUGGCAGGUUGGGCCAGGCCAGAGCCUGGACCUGGGGUCAGGAAGGGGUUGCAGGGAGGGAUGGAGGGGCUGAAAACCCUGGGCCCCUGCGGCCACCCCCACCCCCAGUGCCCCCCAGCCUCAGCCUCCAGCAGCCAUGGAGGAGGCCUGGACCAGCCCUGCCAGGGAUUUGUAGGGUGGCCCUGCCUGGGCCCCAUCUCCUCUGCUCACUCAGUGCAGUCCCAGAGACCUUUCCCAGUCCCAGGGGCAGGGGGCAGUGGGCCCACGGUGGAGGGCGAGGCUCCCGGGCUCUUUCUGUCCAGCCAGGAGCAGAGAGCGAGAGACACUGAGGGGCCGAGACAAGGAGACCUGGAGUCAGGGCUCGGGUGGGGCUGGCCCCUGCACCCAGGGUCUAACCAGGGGGCUCCCAGGCAGGGGGGAUCCAUUGGCUCGGGGCCCAGACCCUGCCCAUGCCCACCCCUGUCGUGGGAGGGAGGGGCCCUGGCCUCGCCCAGGGCAGCCCCGUCCAAGCUUCAGUGCGGGCCUCUGGGCUCUGCAGAACAGUCCUUCCUGCAGCUGGAGCAGGAGAACCACAGCCUGAAAAGGCAGAACCAGGACCUUCGGGAGCAGCUGGGGGCCCUCCUGGGGCUGGGGCAGCAGUUCCUGCCCCUGUGUCCCGAACACUCAAGCUGCACUGCUCUGGCCUGGCCCCCCGACCCAGCUGGCACGCAGCCCUUGGGGAACAGGGCGCCUCUGCAGCUGCUGCGGCGGGAGCUGUGCCAGGGGCAAGAGGCUUUCGUGCAGCAGUCCCAGCAGGCCAGUGGGCCCGGCGGGGAGGUACCGGCCACCCUGCUGAUGCUGCCCAAGCCCACCCUGGGCCCCACCCUCAGAACGAGCUGCAGCAGAUCCGCCUGUGCUUUGAGAGGAAGAAGAUGGUCAUCACAGAGGUGUGGGACAGCGUGGCUGAGAUGCACAUGGCCCUGAACAACCAGGCCACCGGGCUUCUGAACCUCAAGAAGGACAUCCGGGGCGUGCUGGACCAGAUGGAGGACAUCCAGCUGGAGAUUCUCAGGGAGCGGGCCCAGUGCCGCACUCGAGUCAGGAAGGAGAAGCUGAUGGCAAGCAUGUCGAAAGGGAGGCCAAAGCUGGGAAGCUCCAAGGGCCUGGCAGGCCAGCUCUGGCUGCUGACCCUGAGGCUGCUGCUGGGCGCCCUGCUGGUCUGGACCGCUGCCUACGUGUACGUGGUGAACCCCACACCUUUCGAGGGGCUGGUGCCACCCCUGCUGAGCCGUGCCACCGUCUGGAAGCUCCGGGCCCUGCUGGACCCCUUCCUGCGCCUCGAAGUGGACGGCUUCCUGCCCUUCUAGGCCAGAGGCCCAGCGGCCCCAGCGAGGAGGCCAGGCGACCAGCACUGCCCCGGAUGCCCAGUGGCCGUGCCAGCCACCUGCACACCACACCACUGUGCACCAUCCCUGCCAGGAGCUGCAGAGAAGGGUGGAGGUGGGGUCUGUCCUGAGGGCUGGGCCUGUGGCUGGACAUAGAGUCAUGACAUAUGUGGCUGGUGA